AUGCUUGGAAGAGGGUGUGUACUUAGCAUGUAUGUAGGGAAGAAGGAGUUUCAUUUGAGGGGAUCCAAUUUCGUCACGAUUAAAAGACCAUGCAGGAUGUUCUCCUGCGGUGAUGGCGGAACGUACAACUAUACGUCUAAGGGGGGUAACGGCCAUACAGGGAGGAAGGCCACAGCGAACAGAAGUGCCCAACUACGGUUAGUUCACCUUUACAGAAAGUACUUAUCACUAGAUGGGGGGGGAAAGACGCACCAUGGGACCUCCGAAAUGGUACAUGUGAUGAGAGUCCACACGGCAAAAAUGGUAAAAAUUAAGAAGGCUGGCAGGGUGGAGGGGGACGCCGUCUCUGUGGCAGCGUCCAUCCAGGUGGAAUUCGGCCCAGUGAAUGGGGGCAGCGAGGCCAACCAGAUCAGCGAGGCGAACCAGACCAAUCAGAUCAGCGAAGGUUUAACCGCCCCUACGGGUGACGGAGAAAAACGCGGAAGGUAUGGGUUCCCCAGGACGGAGGGCAGCCCCUUCUGCGGAGCUGCCACCGCUGGGGAAUUCAUAAAAAGGGGGGAACAACUCCAGGAGGCAAACGAUGGUGAUGCCCACCAGAAGGGAAGCACCCCCCUGGGGAUCUACCCCCACUUGAGUAGUUACCUAGAAUUGUCAAAAUCCAAGUUGACCCUGUGGGUUACCAUAAGUAGCACGUUUGGCUAUUUCAUGCUGGGGGGGUCGACGAUAACCGAAUUCGCCUCCCUAGCCAUGGGCGUAUACCUUUGCAGCUCUAGCGCAAAUACGUUUAACCAAAUCAUCGAAAGGGACAUAGACAAGGUAAUGCAGCGGACUAAAAGGAGACCACUGGUAUGUAAUAGGAACAGAAUUUCUUUGAGGAAUGCAAAACUGUUUGGUGCUUUGACAGCCAUCACAGGAUCAGCAAUGUUAUACCAUUUGAAUAACCCCUUGACGGCUAUACUUGGCGUAGUUAACAUAUUGCUCUACGCAUGUGUGUAUACUCCCCUAAAGCGGAGAACACCAUACAACACGCACGUGGGGUCAAUCGUGGGUUCGAUCCCUACCCUAAUGGGUUGCACAGCAGUGGCGCAAAACUUACUUGCCCCCGAACCGUGGAUCCUAUUCAUCACACAGUUGCUGUGGCAGUUUCCUCACUUCUACUCCAUAGCCUACUUAUAUAAAGAGGACUAUUCAAAAGGGAAAUAUAAAAUGUUUCCCCUGGAGGAUAACCAGAAUGGAUUGUAUACAGCCAAGUUGUGUAGGCCAUACUUAAUCCUAUUAUCGUCAUUACCUUUUUUGUUUUUUUUUUGUGGGUACACUUCCUACAUGUACAUUUUAACCUCCCUCCUGCCGAAUGUUUACAUAUUUUACAAGUUCCAGGCCAUUUUUCGAAAUCCGUCCAAGGGGAACAUUCGCUCCUUUUUUAAGCACUCCCUUUGGCACAUCAUUCUCCUGUUAGCCCUAUCUUCCUACCACACGCAGAUCCCGGAUAAUAGCAAAAGGGGGGGGGAGACAGGUGCAGAGCAGGUUGAUGGGGGCAUUCCCAGAAGUGAAGCCAAACCGGAGGAGCUUGCCGAUACCCCCGAAUAUGCAAUUACCAAAUUUAAGAAGCGGCUCCUCAAAUUCUGCAUAGUUUUUUCAUAA